AUGCCCAGAGAAACAAAUUUAGUGAAAAUUAUUGGUGAAGAUAGUUUCAAAAAGUUGCGGUCUUCAAAAUGUCUCUUAGUCGGUGCUGGAGGUAUAGGCUCUGAGUUAUUGAAGGAUAUAAUUUUGAUGGAAUUCGGAGAAAUACAUAUUGUCGAUUUGGACACUAUUGAUCUUUCCAACUUAAACAGACAAUUCCUUUUCAGACAGAAAGAUAUCAAGCAACCAAAAUCGACCACAGCUGUAAAGGCAGUUCAACAUUUCAAUAACUCUAAAUUAGUGCCUUAUCAAGGCAAUGUUAUGGACAUUUCUGCCUUUCCUUUACAUUGGUUUCAGCAAUUUGACAUUGUUUUCAAUGCCCUUGAUAACUUGGCUGCAAGACGUUAUGUUAAUAAAAUAUCCCAGUUCCUAUCACUACCCUUGCUAGAAUCUGGGACAGCUGGUUUUGACGGCUAUAUGCAACCGAUUAUUCCCGGUAAAACUGAGUGCUUUGAAUGUACAAAGAAGGAAACGCCGAAGACUUUUCCCGUAUGUACUAUCAGGUCGACCCCUUCCCAGCCAAUUCAUUGUAUUGUUUGGGCGAAGAAUUUUCUGUUCAACCAGCUGUUCGCGUCAGAGGCUUCUAUAAAUGAAGAUGAUGACAAGGAUUGGGGCACAGACGAUUCUGAAGAAAUCAAGCGUAUCAAGCAAGAGACAAAUGAGUUACAUGAACUACAGAAAAUUGUCAUCUCCAAAGAUGUAUCUCGUAUUCCAGAGAUCCUUAGAAAAUUAUUUGUUCAAGACAUAAACAAAUUGCUAGCCAUUGAGAAUUUAUGGAAAACAAGAACGCGGCCAGUACCGUUGUCAGACUCGCAAAUAAAGGGACCUACACAAGCAAUCAAGUUUGACUCUAACUCUGUUGGGACGUUACAGGAGCAAAUUAGUCAUUUCUUUACAACGACACGAAAACUAAUGGAUCGAUAUGCUAAAGAACAAAAUCAUAUUGAGUUCGAUAAAGAUGAUGCUGAUACCUUAGAAUUUGUCGUCACGGCAGCAAAUAUAAGAUGUCAUAUAUUCAAUAUUCCAAUGAAAUCUGUAUUUGACAUAAAGCAGAUCGCAGGUAACAUCAUUCCCGCCAUUGCAACAACAAACGCUAUUAUUGCCGGUUUGUCGUCAUUAAUUUCGUUGCGGGUUUUAAACCUUUUGGAAUAUGCACCCGUCACUAAAUACACAGACCUAAAUAUGGCCUUCACAGCUAAGGCAAGCAAUCUGUCCCAAAAUCGAUACUUAUCGAAUCCGAAACUAGCUCCUCCAAAUUGCAAUUGCCCUGUUUGUUCUAAAGUUUGUAGGGGUGUCAUCAGGUUAUCCAGCGAUUGCCUAAAGAAAAUAAAAUUAUCAGAUCUGGUCUGUUUAAUUCGUGAAAAAUAUGCAUUUCCGAAUGAUAUCUCGCUACUAGACGCAAGCAAUCAAAGAUUAUUACUCGAUUACGACUUUGAAGAUUUAAAUGAUCGCACUUUAUCAGAAGUUAAUCUAGGAAAUGGCUCUAUAUUACUAUUUUCCGAUGAAGAAGGCGAUACGAUGGUUCGUAAAUCUAUUGAAUUGUAUCUGGAUGUUAAUGAUGAACUCCCUCAUAAUACGUGCAGAUUACCGGACAUUGAAGUCCCGCUACUGAAGGUUGGUAGCAAUCUAUCAAAAAAUGAAGUGGAGGAGGCAAAUAAAAGAGAUAAUGAUAUAGCUACAGCCACAGGUAGUGAUGGAGUAGAGGGUAUCGUAGUAUUAGAUGAAGAUGAAGGUGACAUUAUCAUUGAUACCGAGCAGGUUAAUGAGUCAAAAAAAAGGUCGGCUGAUAUUGAGGUGUCUGGUGGGCCCAGUAUUAAAAGGGCGAAGUUAGUGAAUGAAUUAAACAAUUCUGAUGUUGUUGAACUAGACUAA